AUGUUUGCUGCCAAAAGACUUGGAAAGGAACUGACCAAGGCAAAGCAAAAGCUUCCUCCUGGAAUCGAACUAGUCAAAGCAGACGACUUCCGAGAAUGGCAGGUUGAUAUACGAGUGCUGGACGACAACCCGUUAUACAACAACCAGGUGUUCCGGCUGAGUUUCAUCUUCUCCGACAACUACCCCAUCGAACCACCAGAAGUCACAUUCAUCCACGUCCCGCCUUCGACAGAUUCCGCCCCAUCUCAAUCAGAACCUCAAUCUCAAUCCCAGCCACAAUCCUCACAGACCCCCUUCCUCGGCCGGCCGAUACCAAUCCACCCCCAUAUCUACAGCAAUGGAAUCAUAUGUUUAGACCUGCUCGGAACCGCUGGUUGGUCGCCCGUGCAGAGUGUCGAGAGCGUAUGCAUGAGCAUCCAGAGCAUGUUGACGGGAAACAGCAAAAAUGAACGACCCCAAGGUGAUGAGCAAUUCUGCCAGAGCAUGGGCGUCCGUGGACCGAACGGCUGGAGCGGCUAUAGAGGAAGCGGGUCAGGACGCGGUCUGAAAGACGUGAGGUUUGCAUAUGACGACGAUACCGUAUGA